AUUCUUCUCUCUUUGAUUAGAAACGGUGAAAACUUCCCUGGAAAAACUGAUGAUGAUAUCUGGAGAGCGAAGCACCUCUAUGAUUCAGCAUUCCACCCAGACACAAGGGAAAAAAUGUUUAUUCUUGGUCGAAUGUCAGCUCAGGUGCCGAUGAACAUGACAAUUACAGGUUGCAUGAUGACAUUCUACAAAACACCAAUGGCUGUGAUAUUUUGGCAGUGGUUUAACCAGUCUUUCAAUGCUAUCGUCAAUUAUACCAACCGAAGUGGCGACACACCAAUUCCUGUUUCGCAGCUUGGCUUAUCUUAUGUACUGGCCACUGGUGGUGCUAUGGCAACAGCCUUGGGUUUCAACAAAGUAGUACAGUCUAUGUCACCGCUUAUAGGAAGAUUUGUUCCCUUCACUGCUGUUGCUGCUGCUAACUGUAUCAACAUACCUUGCAUGAGAAGCAGGGAAAUAAUGAAAGGCAUUCCGAUCUUUGAUGAAAGAGGCCAACGUCUUGGAGAAUCAACAGCAGCAGCAAAGAGUGCAAUUGCUCAAGUGGUCUUCUCCCGUAUUCUAAUGGCAUGUCCUGGCAUGAUAAUUCCACCAUUUAUUAUGAAUGUUCUGGAGACACGUCCAUUCCUGAAGAAAUAUCCAUAUAUGAAUGCACCAAUACAAGUCGGAGUGGUUGGCAUGUUGUAAGUUUUAAUGCUUCUUGUUUUUUUUUUAUUUAUUCUCAUAUUCUGUCACAAACAAACACAAGUGCACACACACUCACACACACAUACACUUGU